GAGAGGCGCUGUUGCACAACGACCUACGGUACUACGGCGACGCGAAGCCACACCUAGGAGUUUCUCAAGAAUUUUGCAUAAAAAACAGUGUUCGAGGCGACUUCAAGUCAAGUUUUACUGGAAUCUAAACUCAAUCAAUGGAAAGCUACGAAGACGACGAUGACACCCACUUCUGCAUCAAGUGCAAUUUGACAGUACACGGUCUUGACAAUUAUGUGCGUCAUCGUCGGUCAGGUUGUCGACCUCCCGACGACAAGAACGUCCACGAGUCACCCUCGACGCCGACGACGGUGUCCUACCCCGAGAUCCUAAAUGCGGACGCGUUCUUCAGCUCGUUGGAAUUGCAGAGCAGCGCAAAGUCGAAUCUGCGACGCGCGCCGACCUUGCUGGAGAAUAGUAGAAAGUUCAAGAAGGAGGACAGGCGGAAAAAGGGCCAGAAGAGUCAGGUGGAUGCUGACGAGACCGGCGCGAAGGAUAAACUUCACAGCAUGUUACCCACCGUGAGCGACCUAGACGAUCCUACGGAUCACUUGUGCAUCCAGUCUCUCGUGUUCCCCGAUAUCGUCGGCUCCCCGACUGGUAAAACUUCGUCGACCGUCACGCAGAGCAAAUUGACGCAGUCAAUGACGCAGGCAGGUCCGAGCAUGGAAGGCUCGGUUUUCCCGACGAAGCACGAGUCGGAGACGUCGCUGGAGAGUCUGAUGACCGAUUCGAAGCAGAUCGACCGUAAGCGGCAGGAGAAUCCCCAGCGGAUGGAGUCCGAUCAGCAGAGCUGGCUGGAGGACACCAUUCUCGCCGACCUCGCGCUCGAGAAUAACGAGAACAAGGAGCUGGCGAGAUACGAGUUCGAGUACCAGCAGGACGACGACACCGAGGACGACAUGCUGGACGACGAUCUCGGGGAGGAUGACUCCUAUUCGGAUUCUGACGACACCGAGAACCGGGCGCGUCCCCCGCGGGGUCACAUCGGCGGCAAGUGGAAGCCCGGACUCGGCGAUUCGCCGCAGGACAUGCCACAUAUGCAUGAGGAGGAUGUGGAUCCGGAGGACGAUCAUCAGGAACAUCCCCCGCCAACGUACACCGGUGGCAAAUGGAGACCCACGCAAAAGGUCGAGGAAUACGAGAGCAAGGACACAUCCGGACAGCCGCCGCCAGGAUACACACGGGGGAAAUGGGUACCGGGUGCACGAGCGGAUAUCGAAUCGGGAUAUUGGUGCAAUCCUUGCGGCAGGAAGCUCGCCUCACGAUUGGUCUACAACAGGCAUCUGCUCUCUGAUUUGCACGCCAGAAGGAGCAUUAGAGAGCUCGACGGCAGCCUGCAUCUAUCGCGCGGCGUGAACCCGCACGCUAACCGUAGAGUGUCUGCUCGCAGGCAGACUUCGCUCGCGAUGAAAACAAAAAGAGAACCCGAGCAAAAGGAAACGAAGAAAGUUCUGCGUCGGAGGGAGAAGGAGAUACUCUCGUGCGAGAUGUGCCACGCGCGCGUAAGGAGGCCUCAGAUGGGCAAACAUUUGCUUUCCCAUUACCAUUGUCGCGUGGCAGGAGCAGGUCCUUGGAGUCCAAACGCGCGCCGCUUCCUGUUGGAGAACAUGGCGAAUGUCGUGCGGCAGUGUCCUUUCCAAUGCGCCUCGUGUCAUUUCUACUGCAACACCGAAGAGACGUUCCUGCUUCAUUGGCGUUCCGAUCUCCACGCCAAGACCCUGGAACGGAUCGGAGGCAGUUGCAGAUGCAACCCGUGUGAAUACUGGUGCGCGGACAGCGGGACAAUGGAGUCUCACCUCCUGAGUACGAGUCAUCGUGACGUGGUAUCGAUGAUGAACGGCUCCGUGCCGGUGGUAAUUAGUCGUCAACGGGCGUUAGCCUGCGGCAGUUGCGAUCGGCAAUUUCGAUACAACUUCCAGCUGCGUUUGCACGCCAAGGAGACCGGUCACGACGCGAGCUACACCGCGUCUGACGAGUAUCAGCAAUUUAUCAGAUGCGAUCAGUGCCCCCAAAUCGUCCGGUCCCUGGUCUCGCUUCAACGCCACCAACUCAACUACCACGUCGCGAACAAUUCAGGAGAGAAAAGCGAAGAUGCGCCGGUGGUGGCCGCGCGACCCGCGGCGCCAUAUUAUUGCUCGUUCUGCUCGAUGAAUUUCGCCACCGCCCAAGAAGCAGUUGUGCAUCGGAGAACCUCCAGUCACAAGGAGAUCGUAAAAGCCCACAAGAAUCGGGAAGAAUCGUCCACGUCGACUGUCGUGGAGCGGGAGUGUCCGCACUGCAAGGAGAAACAGCUUAAUCUCGCGACUCACAAGAGUCAUCUUCUUCAGCAUCAUCCGGAGCUCUGCCACAGGUGCCCUCGAUGCGGGACGCUAUUCGCCUUAUCUCAAGACGUUACCAAACACACGCGACACGGUAGCUGUAGAAAGAGUGACACAUCGGACGCGGCGCAAGUGGUAGGCGUGAAGAAAGAAUGGAAAUGCAAGGAAUGCGUCUUCUCGACGGACUCACAAUCUGAACUCAUCUUCCACGAGGCUCUCCACGCCGGCAUGAUCGAAGCUAACGAGGAGGAGUCCGCUUCGAGCAAGUUGCUGCCGAAGUAUCAUUGCCCGAUUUGCACGAAGGUCUUCACGAAAACUUCAUUACGGAAUCACAUCAGACAGCACACCGGAGAGAAACCUUUCCCUUGCGCAAAGUGCUCAAUCUCGUUCUCGAGAAGAUCGCAACUCAACGCUCAUGAGAGAAUAUGCAGCGCUUCCCUGCCGUCAGACGAAACUGGUCGUCACCGAUGCUUCGUCUGUUUGGAGUGUAAGAAAAGCUUCUAUACGAAGCAUGCCCUUCGACAGCACAUGUUGCGGCACUCCGGCAAGGCACACAAGUGCGGAUUUCCGGGAUGUCCAACGGUUCUGCGCACCGAGUCCGAGCUCAAGAGGCAUCGAAUGUUGGUUCACGACAACAUCGAAAAGAAAUAUUCGUGUCCCGAUUGCUCGUAUGCUGGUAAAACAAAGUUGCAGUUAGACAGGCACAGGUUGAGGCACGAGGAUCCCAUAAACGCUGAGAAGAUUCGGACCCACCGUUGCAGCUACGCGGGCUGCGACUUCAAGACGAGCAUCAGUUCCCACUUGCGGAGACACUUGCGCUCGCACACGGGAUCGAAACCGUACAAGUGCCGGCAUUGUUCCUACGCGAGCAGCAAUUUGGAGAACCUACGGAAGCACAUAUUGUCCACGAGUUUGCAUUCGGGCAAGACAAUUUACGAAUGUGAUUUCUGCGACAAGAAAUCCGCGGAUCCGUUCUGCACGAAUUUUUCCAAGGAACUUCGUGCUCAUCUAUUGGAGGCUCACACCGCGAACUUCCCGACAUCGAAUCAUGCGAGUAACUACGUUCUUAGGAUUUUUCCCACCGACGACUCUUCUAAUUAACUGAAGAAGCACCAAAGAGAAAAGAAGAAUUUAUCACUCAACAAUUUAUAAUUAUAAACUGUCAUUUAUAAUUAUAAUUAUAAACUGUAAAUUUAUAAUUGCGUAAAUUAAAUCCGAAACAAAUC